CGUUAUUGACUGGCGGCGGCGCGCGGUGCCCGGUCUACGCAGGCCGGAUUACGGAGCCCGGCUCCCAUGCCUGACAGUGGCAUCCCAAGCGGCGCACAUGCGCACGUAUCAAAUGCAUUUAGCACCUUUUUGAAAACAUCGCGAAAUACGAAACACUUGCCUGCAUUUCCUUUCGGAUACAUUCCAAUGAAAUACGAAUCAACGUAGCCGUUCGGCGUAGUGGAAUUGGUUUACUGGCUCAGGAUAGCGCGGUCUACACACCUAACAAACAGUGACGCUCCGUAACAUAUAUUUCUAUAGAAGAAUGAAAUUGCCCAGACUGGAUUUAUCAAUGCAAAAAAAAUCAUGCAGACCAGUAAUGCUCGGUCGGAUGUGGCAGGCAAGCAGACGAGCUCUGAGGCUCGAUCACUCUCCACCACAUCAGUUUGCCUGCUGCCAGUGGCAGAACGGUCACAAACCCUCAACUGGAUACCUCAUAUACAGAUGGCUGGUAUUCUUGACUGUAAUAUGCAUCGGUGUUGCAAGUUUCGCAUGCCAGCGACUUCCGCGGCGUUAUGAGGGGCCCCCAGUGAAGAUAAAUUAUUUCAAAUGGUUCAUUUACUUCACUAACUGGGGGUUCAUGUUAAUUGCAAUUCAGUCUGGCCUUGCAUUGGCCGUUGUUCAUCGGUAUAGAAAAAAAGCUUACAAUUUCUCGUACGAGGAAGACGACGUGUUAACGCCACGGCGAUCCGCCACACCGCUGCUGUGUCGGAUGUAUUGGCUCUCACACAACGUCGCCACAGACCUCGCAUUCGUCAUCACCCUUAUCUACUGGACACUCGUUUACGAUCCUAAGUUACAUGACAUCAACGCUCUGAAUCUCCUCGUUCACGGCGGGAACUCCUUGCUCAUGGUAUGCGAGCUGUUCGUAACAGCGCACCCUCUGCGGGCUGCUCACGCGCUGUAUGGCUCCGCUGUUGGCCUUGCGUAUGGUGUAUUCAGCGCCAUCUACUGGGCCCUCGGCGGCACCGACCGGUUCAACUUGCCUGCCAUAUAUCCUUCUCUCAAUUGGGAUAAGCCUGGUCCAGCCUUCGGGUUCGUGGCUGUAUGUGCCAUGGUGCUCAUGUUCGUCCACGGUUGUGCCACUUGCCUGGUCGCUUUGCGGUUGAGACUCGCCGCGCGCCUGCGACCCACGCGUGUUCAGAGCGAACACCUCACACUGCCGACGCACUGAGGGUCCAGAAAACGUGUAUAGGUUAAUUUAAUUCUAUAGUGUUUCCUUGAAUCUAAGUGCGUGUUUGACACUAAAUGAUCGUGCUUAUUAGGUAUAUAAAAUGUAGAUAUUUUAUUCAAAUUACAAAGUUGAAUUUUAAAUAGGUACCGCAAGUGCGACAAUAUAGAAAUAUCUGAACCCAUGAAAUUUUUACAUGUGAAUAUCAUAUAAAGUUCAAACAAUUAACAAAACAGCAUUAGAAAAAUGUUAUGUCUAUACUACUUAUUCAGUAAUUAUAAAAAAUAAUAUGGCAAGGAUGAUUUUUAUAGAAUUUGACAUGCUUGCGACAUCUAUUUAAAUCUAUAUCCAUGUUUUAAGUAGAGUUAUUCUACUAAGCAUAAUACUGCAAACUGCAACGGUGAAAAGGUAUCUACAUGUAAGAAUGUGAGGUUAGAUAAAACUUUUGCAUGAGACGUUGGGCUCGUGAACAUAGAUUAUUACAUUCGUUAUGCUCGUGAAAGUCUUUAAUGUGUUAUCUCUCAAAUUACCAACUAGUUGUUAGAUGACUAUCAUGCAUUCCUGUUUUUCAAUUAUCUUCUUAUUUCACAGACUUAUUUAUAUAUUAUUAUUAUAUAAGCCGUUAACUGUCCACUACUGAAUAUAAACCUCCCCCAUUAAGGGCAGUUUGCCAGUAAUUCACAAAAUUAUAUAUGUCAAAUUUCGAAUGAGACAAGAAUAUCAAGUCAACAAGUGUUCACGUCCGAUUUAUAUUCAGGAGAUAUACAGGGUGAAGUCAAAAUCGUUAGUAUCUCUUUACAAUAUAUUAAUCAUCAAUCAUAAAUUUGAAUAAAGGUAAAGCCUUUCGUACUAAGGUGUCAGCUGGACGCGUCUGUUUAUACAAGAGGAUCUUUCUACGACAAAUUUUUAUUUGGGUUAUAUUGUUUAGUCACCCUUAAGCCUUAGGAGAUAUUUUGCCUCACUCUGCGUGUUCUACCGCUUGUAAAACGGAUUGCGCUCAGAGGAAUUGUUCAAUAUGAUGCCCACGGCCACUUUCUGCCAUCGUACCGUUCACCAUCGACAGGGAGUUCACCCUAAUACCCUACAGCUUAGAUGAUCGCGUACAACGCGGUUUCAGGAAAGUUUUCUCGCACGAACACUCAGGUUAUAGAAUGAGCUCCCUGUCGAGGUUUUUCCAAGAGACUACAGCAUGGGGUUCUUCAAAUGAGGGGUAAAGAGGUUUCUUCAGAGUCGGCAACGCGUGUCUAAUACCUCUGGUAUUGCAGACGUUCAUAAUCUACGGUAACUGCUUACCAUGAGGUGGACUGUAUCCUUGUAUGCCCCCUGAGUGGUAUAAAAAAACCCUGUAUGUUUAAUGGAACAUAUAUUGUAUAUAAAAAUAAAUAUGUCCUCAACAUAUCUAAUCGCACAAUAUAAGGAAUGUAUAUAAAAUAUUGUUUGUAAGACUUGAAAGAUAUUAGAAUGUCGUAAGUGCAAGAACAGCAUUUAAUUAAUAUAUCAGGUUAAUGCAAUAAUACUCUCAAUAAAUUGUAGUUUAACAAACUAAAAUAUAAUUAAUUGUAAUACUAAAACUAUUUUGUAAGAAACAAAAAUUGUUCAAUGUUAUCAGACUGAACUAUACGGAGCUUUUUCAGCUCGUGUUAUUAGAUGCUAAGCUAGAUUCAUAGAUCAUAUACAUCUAGAUAUAGCGUUGAGUAAUGAAUAAUGCCCCAAAAAUAAUCAGUCAAUAAUUUUUAUUACUGUAAAUUCAAAUAAGUAGGUACUUUAUCCCUUGUUAUGAUAAGUGAAUUGUCGAAUUCUACGACACGAACUGUUAUUAUAAUAAAAACUAAACUAGGCAAUUAGGUAAACAAAGUCUAUUUUUCAACAAAUAAAAAUUGAUAUCUUUAUUUGCUUGAAUACCGAUAACUUUAUCGAAGAUUCGGAAGGCACUUUAUCUAGAUGUUAUUGAUCUAAGUGUAUUAAUAAGCUUUGCCUAAGAAAGGAAGGAAUAUGAAGGAAUAACGUAGCAAGUAUAAAUAUAGACUAUAACAAUAGAUGGGUACAAAAUCAAUCCAUUGUUUAAUUAACUGAACAACUUUUUCCAAUUUCAAGGUCGAUUUAAGCAUGAUUCAAUAUUACGUUCGUCAUAUGUCGAAUACGGAACAACCCAGUUGUUUUUUUUCGAACAGUUCCGUGUAGAAAGUUGUUCAGAUGUGAAUAAUUACCAAUGGAAUUGAGCUUGAAUAUCCUUUUCGUUACAUCGUGUUUAAGUAUGUGGAAUGAAUGAACAGUAUUAAAUAGGCUGUUGUUUUAAUUAAUAAGUAUAGAAAUGUUGCCAUUUAAAAUGUAAAUUUAUUUACAACUGAUCUGAUUUAGAAAUGAUCACACCAAAAACAAUCUUGAUAAAAUAUAACAAAAUUGGUGGCAUAAUCUCCAUAAUGUAGUCUAUAUAAUAAUUUAAUUUAACAGGUCCAAAUAUAAUAGUAAUUAACACUAUUAAGCUGCAGAAAAGGCUGCAAGCAUGAUAUCUGCGAUACUAAACAACCAAAAAAAAACAACAAAAUAUCUAAACAUUUUGUUAGUUCCUACUCGAUUCUAAAAUUACUAAUAAAUUACGUACUUUUAAAGUCACUAACGAUACUUUACUAUCUGGGUUGGAGAAUUGAGUAGGCGAACUUAGUAUUGUGUUUAUAACAAAUAUUUACGAUGCAAUUCUACUGAAAUAAUUACGAAGCAAUAAUGUGAUUUUUAUUUAGUAAUAGUAAUAAUAAGAUAUAGUCAUUAAUUCGUAUUAAUUGUCUAUUUCUACGUAUCACAUUUAUCAAUUUAUAAAAUCAUACACAGUUUAAAUUACUAACCCUGUAUCUCUACAUGUAUCUGAAACUAUCGAAACGGCACCUUUUAAAAAACUAGAAUUGUGUUUAAAAAUUAGAAUUAGAAGGAACUGAAAUACACAAUCAAGGCACCAGAUCAUCAUGGUGAAAUGUAUACUUUUUUUACAAUACAUUAAUACAUUACUGCAGUUUGUUUCAAUAGAACAUACUAAACAUGUAGACGAAUGAAUCAUUGUCCCGACCUUAAGACAGUCUCCCUUAGUGGUACGUAUAAUCAAUUAAUAAACAAUCGAUUGUAUAUUGCGAUUUGUUUCUGUGAUAUUUCAACAAAAAUUGCUUACCUUUUCAUUAUAUUCUACUGUAACAGACUGUAAAUAGUAUAUAUUAAAUACCUACAUUUGUAAUUAUUAUAUACGAUAUCAUACAAUAUACACAUGAGUACAGUGCAGGUGACAGGUCUCAAAUUAUAAGAAUUAAUUUAAUAAAAUGUGACAUGUGGUUUUAACAAAAUAUUUAAUCGUGAGAAACUAUCAGCUGUGAUUAUUAGAUUGUCUUCGACCCCAAAAAUCUGAUUCUGUUCUACCGUUAAUAUGUCGAGUAUAACAGGUACUCAGUAAUUCGAGUACCCUAUAUACAAAACUCGAAUGCACAAUAUAUACAGAUUUCGAUUACUUUGGUAGUUAUGGUACUCGAAUACUACAUAUGUGUUUAUCAUUUUUCUGUUUCUGUUUCGACAUUUUUAUAUAUAUAUUUUUUUUUAUUUUAUUUAUUGUUAAAGAAUAUAGUUAAAUAACGACAUAAUUAAAAAAGAAAAAUUAUUAGAUUACCUAAUUGUAUUACUUUCAUAAAAAUAAGUUUCAUAAUCAAUUUUAAAAGUACUCAAACCUGAUAAAGUACUCGAAUUACCCGUAUAAGUGUUCGAGUACUUGUCCGAAUAUUCAGACCAAAGUCAGAAUUCGAUUCUUUUUAACGACUACCUACUAAAAUACUUGAAUACCUGACAAAGGUUAAUUUAGCAUAACACUAGCAAAACUUAAAAUAUGAGCUGUCGCCCGCACCGUUCUACAUUGUAGAGAGUAUUUAUUAUUCCCCUUUUAUUUUCAUCGUAUAUUGAUAUAUAUUGAUGUGUAAUAAGAAUGACUGUGAUGUGUUAAAUUAUGAAUUAAGAAUAAUGUGCGACCGCCUUUUAUUUUUAAUUUCCAACAGAGUUAAAGGUUCUUUUUAUGUGGUUGUAAAGUAGAUGAUAAUGCCUUAGUUUAUUCUAUAUAAGAUUUAUAUAAAUACCUACAUAUAUUAUACUGCAAAUAUAAUAAAUGCAAUUUGAAAACAUAUUAAUUUCUUGUAAAAUUAAAGUAUAAUAUAAUAUUAAUUAAUAAUUAAUUAAUUAAUAACUGAUGGUAUUUCUUUUAUGUAUAGUAUUUAUUGAUUUUUUUUAUUUGUCUUAAUAAUAAUAAUUCCGAUUUUUUUAUGCUUAUCUGCUAUAACCUAUACAAUUUUUAUGAAUAUUGAUUGUGUGGUAAUAUUACAGAAUAUGUAAUAAUACUAAUACAAAAUUGGUAAUAAUUAAUUAAUAAACUUUAUAAUCAAAUACAUUUCACUGUGAAAUAAAUCUUAAUUUGAUACAAUGAACAUUAAAUGUAAAAUAAUAAUUGAUGUAUACGUAUAUUACAUCUGUUAAAAGAUAAACAGAUUUAAAUAUAAUAACGUCCAUUAUUAGGUAAUCGUGAAGUAUAUUUAUUAUAUACUUACCUACCUACCAGUGGGAACAUUUAUAUUAGAAUAUUUAAUAUCGACGUACUGAGUACGUUAUCUACUUGUUUCUAGAAUAGUUUUGCUUGUAUGUAAUGAUUAUAAUAUAUUAUAAUGAACAAUUA